CGGGGGUGUGAUCGCGAUGUAUAAAACCAUUGGCGAAUUCAGAAACACUAUCAGUAACGGUUUUCUGUUGUGUUCCCAAACAACUUUUCCGCUCGGCGAGCGCGAGUCAGCUGAGCUUUGAAAAUGUAUACAAAACUGUAUAUCGCAUCGUUGGUGAUAGCCUCUGCUUUGGCCAUCCCGCAGCGGUACCAAACACCAAUCCGCACGGCUAUAUCCAAUGGUGGUUCGGACGCUAGUGCCAGUAUCCUUGCUCAGAACCAGGUCAUCAAUGGGGACGGCUCAUACGCGUACAAUUACGAAACAAGCAACGGUAUUCGAGCGAGUGAACGCAGCCAGGAUGGGCUAACCGCCACCGGUGAGUUCUCCUUCGUAGCACCGGAGGGAGCGGAGUUGCGGUUGACCUACGUGGCGGAUGAGAACGGAUUUCAGCCAGAGGGUUCCCAUCUGCCGGUGGAACCACCAGCACCGGCUCACGUGAUAAGGGCACUGAAGGCACUGCGGGCGAGCAACAAUCGGGAUCUGGAUCUGGCUUCGUUGGAUGAAACCAUUGCGCGAUUGAUAGCUACCCAAGGCUAGGCUAAG